GCCACGUGACCCGGAGGCCCCGCCCCGCGCCCCCCAGGCGGCCCUCGGCAGUGAGUCUCCUGCAGCCGAGCUUCCGAGGUUCCCGCGGCGCUCCCGGCGGCUGGGCCCGGCGGACGGCGAGCGGCAGCGGCUGGCCUCCAGGUAGCGGAGAUGCCAGCAUAUUUAUAGGAAUUGCUUGAAGCCAGAGUCAUGGUGGAUGUAGGAAAGUGGCCAAUCUUCACUCUGCUCUCACCUCAAGAAAUUGCAUCUAUUCGGAAAGCCUGUGUCUUUGGCACCUCAGCCAAUGAAGCACUGUACGUUACUGAAGAUGAUGAGGUCUUUGUAUUUGGACUGAACUAUAGUAACUGUCUAGGAACUGGAGAUAACCAGAGUACACUUACACCCAAAAAGCUAGAAGCCUUAUGUGGAAAGAAGAUUAAAAGCCUUAGUUAUGGCAGUGGACCACAUGUUCUUCUCAGCACUGAAGAUGGAGUUGUUUACGCCUGGGGCCACAAUGGAUAUAGCCAGCUUGGGAAUGGGACAACCAACCAAGGCAUUGCUCCCAUCCAAGUCUGUACCAAUCUCUUGAUCAAACAAGUGAUUGAAGUAGCUUGUGGCUCCCAUCAUUCAGUGGCUUUGGCAGCUGAUGGAGAGGUAUUUGCUUGGGGCUAUAACAACUGUGGCCAGGUGGGAUCAGGAUCUACAGCAAAUCAACCAACUCCUCGAAAAGUUACCAAUUGUUUACAUAUUAAGAGGGUAGUAGGCAUUGCCUGUGGUCAGACCUCAUCCAUGGCUGUUCUUGACACUGGUGAGGUGUAUGGCUGGGGUUACAAUGGCAACGGUCAGCUGGGCUUGGGAAACAAUGUCAAUCAGCUGACCCCUGUGCGAGUGGCAGCUUUGCACAGUGUGUGCGUGAACCAGAUUGUCUGCGGCUAUGCACACACUCUAGCACUAACAGAUGAGGGCUUGCUCUAUGCCUGGGGAGCUAACACGUAUGGGCAGCUUGGAACUGGCAAUAAAAAUAACCUGCUAAGCCCAACACACAUCAUGGUGGAGAAAGAAAGAGUAGUAGAAAUUGCAGCUUGCCACUCUGCCCACACAUCUGCUGCCAAGACCCAGGGAGGGCACGUGUACAUGUGGGGCCAGUGCCGGGGCCAGUCCGUGGUCCUGCCUCACCUCACCCACCUCUCAUGCACGGACGACGUGUUUGCCUGCUUUGCCACUCCCGCUGUCUCCUGGCGCCUCCUAUCUGUAGAGCAUGAAGAUUUUUUAACAGUUGCAGAGUCCCUGAAGAAAGAAUUUGACAGUCCAGAAACUGCUGACCUAAAGUUCAGAAUUGAUGGGAAAUAUAUCCAUGUCCAUAAAGCUGUUUUGAAAAUCAGGUGUGAGCACUUCCGAUCCAUGUUUCAGUCUUAUUGGAAUGAGGACAUGAAAGAAGUGAUAGAAAUAGACCAGUUUUCUUACCCAGUGUAUCGUGCCUUUCUUCAGUUCCUCUACACAGACACGGUGGACCUGCCACCUGAAGAUGCUAUAGGUCUUUUGGAUUUGGCGACAUCUUACUGUGAAAACAGACUGAAAAAACUUUGUCAGCACAUUAUCAAGCAAGGAAUCACUGUGGAGAAUGCCUUUUCAUUAUUCUCUGCUGCAGUCAGAUACGAUGCAGAGGAUUUAGAAGAAUUCUGCUUUAAGUUUUGCAUCAAUCAUUUGACAGAAGUUACACAGACUGCAGCAUUUUGGCAAAUGGAUGGCCCUCUGCUAAAGGAAUUCAUUGCUAAAGCCAGUAAAUGUGGAGCCUUUAAGAACUGAAGCCAAGGCUGCUGGGCUGUGAGAGUGCUCUGGGCACUGGUGAUGGUGUGUCUUGUGCUCUGCUGGUGAAAUGCUGCAGGUAAAAACCAUCAGGUUGUCUUUUCAUAUCUGGGAGACAAUUCUGUGUGUAGGAAUAUAUGAAGGAUAUAUGGCUUUUCCUGAACUUAACUUUAAACAACUCUUGUUUCCAGACAUGUAUAUUUUAAAUGUGACUAUCUGUUUGUCUGGAACACUAUUAAAGGGUGAAAGUUUAGCUGGUUGUUUUUUUGUUUUUCAUUAGAGGAAUUUAUGAACUUGGAAAGGAUGUUUGUGGCAGCUCUCCUGGCUCACUUACCAACAAUCCGUUUGACACUAGGGGUGGUGAUAGUUUGUGAAUUGUGAGUUAGGCAUGGAGGCCCCACCAUGAAUUAAAGAUGCUGACUUUGGGGCUUACUGAAUUGCUGCAUUAGUUGCUAGCUCAACUGCCUUACUGUGAAAGAAUAGCUGAGAUAUUUUGAGGCUUUUUUUUUGUGUGUUUGCACUAUUGGACUUUUUCUUAACUUCAUGGUGUAUGAAAAUAAUAUUAAGUUUAAUAUGAGUUAAAUCUAUUGAAAUGAUAAUUAUGUUAAGAUAAAUUUUUAGAUUAGCCAAGAUUUCUCUUAAGACUUAAGCACAUAAAGAGUAGUAAUUUAGAACUGUGAAAAGUUGAUAAUGAAAGAAAUUUGGACAAAGGUGAAUGUUUUAUAACUUAGAAUCUCCACUACUAUUUAACGAUGUUUUAUUUAAGAUGAUCUGCUACAUAUGAUUCAAAGAAAAGGUUCUUAAAACCAACUCUCUUACAGGACUUAAAGGAAUUAGUUUUAUCUCUUAUCUAGACCAAAUCCAUCACCAAUUCGCUUAUUUGAAACUUCGCCAGCUUUUACUUUUGGUUUUCCUCUCCUUUUAAUUGUGUUAGGUCUAAUAUUUAGCACAAUUGGUCCUUGAAAAAGGAUCAAAAUUAUGGGAUUUUUUGUUUUGUUUUUGGGGGUCUGGUUAUGAAGUGUGAUUUGGAAGGUAAGAAUAUUCAACUCUUAAGCUUUGUCGUGUGUGUCAGUUGCUUUAAGAACAAAGCUCUGUUCUGCCCUCCAAUCCACAGACUCAUUUCCAUUUGUGGGAGUUCUCUUAGCAAAUUCUGUUUCCUGCCUGGAAGGUCCUCCCAUCUGAACUUGGAGCCUAAAUACAUUUUCAGAUCAAAUGUAUUUAUAAAUUAGAAUCUCCACUACUAUUUAACGAUGUUUUAUUUUAUUAAGAUAAAAUUUGAGAACUCAAGUUUAAAUUGCCCCCUCCUCCACACACUUUUACCCCUAUAAAAAUGACAUAUUCAAUAUACUCUUGCCUAAAUACAUUUUCAGAUUAACAAGAGGAUGAAGAGAUGCGGCAGCUAUUAUUUUUAGCAGUGUUUUUGAGUGUGUGUGUAGCAGGGAGUGAGGAGUGAGGGCCCGAAGCUAGAAAUUCAUUGACAGGUAAAACAUAUGCAAAUCUAGAAGUCCCAGCCCCCUUUUCUUGACCAUGUUGCUAGUGAUUGAAGUCCAGUGAUUAGGUUAGAACUGGUUCUGUAACAUGAUAGAACUUUUCUUACUAGGUUGAUGAUACAUAUUAAUUUGAUUAAUUAUGGUGGGUAGUGUUUGUAACAAUCACUGUUCUGUAGGCUUAUUUUGAUCUGGACAAAACAUGAACUUCAGUAUGUUUACUAUUGCUCUUACUUGAAAAAAGGACUAUGAAAAGCACAAAUUAAAGUAGUAGGUCCAUUUCCAUACAUGGUUCAUUCAUUGAACAAAUAUUUGUAAAGAACCACUUCUCAUAUUAUUGAGUAAUUGUGUGAGUAUGUAUGUAGUGAAGAGAACAGGAAUAAGUCCUUCAAAAUUGUUUAUCUUUUUUUAAAAAUAUAUACUUAUUUUUCUACUUGGUUUUGUUGUUAAUCAUAGAGAUGAAAACUAUUCUUUGAAUUGCUUUUUUCAUCUGAUGUAAUAAUGAAAGCCAAAGUAUUCAUAUUUCCUAAAAUAGCCCUAAAUGUACUGUUGAUCUUCUUACUGGAACAAUGUUUGAUACUCUAAUGUAUAGGUUGUAUUUAUGUAAUGUUUAGAAUGACAUAUUAAUAAAUAAAGCUGUCUGUUAAAAAGA